AUGAGUAUUUAAACCACACUUUAAAGUACUUAAGAGGAAUUGUCAAAAUUAAAUACAAUAAUUUAAUAGUUUUCAUAAUAAGGUAAUUUGGAUGAAAUAACUGAGGGAAUGUCUAACAAAGAUUAAAUUGAACUUAAUUUAAACUUGGCAUAUACUUUAUCAUCAAUUUAUUAUUGUAAAAUGUUUUAAUUUUAUAUAGCAUAUUUAAAAUUAAACUCUGUAGAAACUUCUACACAUCCAAUAAUGAAUGAACUUACAAGAAUAUAAGAAGCUUACUAAAAAUAUAUGCCUCAAUAAAUCAAAUAAACUGAUUAAAAAUCAAUUAGUUUGAAUAAAGAGGCUGCUAAACGUCUUGUUCAACCAAAUUUAAAAAGCUUAGAUGAUAACUAAAAUUAUUAAUAGAAACAAAAAAAAUUAAUACAGGAAGAUAAAAAUAAUACUACAAGAUUUGAAUAACCUGAAGAUAUUUGGAAAAAUGAAAAAGAUUAAUAAGAAUAAUCUAAAUAAAAAUUAAUAAGAGGAAAUCUUAUUCCAUAAACGGGUCAUUUAAAAUGGAAAGACCAUAUAGAAAAGUUAAUGAAAAAAUGA